AUGCGUACCAACAAUACAACAACACAUUAUUUAAAACAGUUUUUUAAGCCCAUUUUAAUAUCAAUAACAUGGAUCCCAGUAAUAAUAACAUUUAAUAAUCAUGUGUGUUUUGUGGCAAGGAUAGAUGGUAGAUCAAUGGAACCGACUUUAAAAAGUGGUGAUUGGGUAUUUUUAUGGAAAUGGAAUUGUACUGACAUUAAUGCCUACAAAAGAAAUGACGUUAUAUUGUUUAAAGCCCCUUUGAAUAGUAAAAAAGUUUAUUGCAAAAGAAUUAAAGGCUUGCAAUAUGAUUCGGUAAUACCUAAAAAUAUAAACAAUACUACUAGCACCGACGCUAAAAAAUUAGUACACAUACCUAGAAAUCACAUAUGGUGCGAGGGUGAUAAUGUGUUUCAUUCAAUUGAUAGUAAUACUUAUGGUCCUGUAUCAACUGGUUUAUGUGUAGGAAAAGUUACUAAAAUUAUCUGGCCAUUAAGCAGGUUUGGUACUGAUUUGUAUGAGUCUCAAGGAAGAACAAAUGUAUUAUAUAAGAAAUAA